AUGCAUAUCCCAACAACACUUAGUGCUCAUUUUCUUCUCUUGUUUUCACUCAUCUCUCUUCUUCUUUUAUCAUCAUCCAUUCAAGUUCAAGGUUUCCAGCCAUUGCCAUCACCAAGCUCUGGUUAUCAUCAAGAUGCAUCAACCCCAUCAUGGCGCAACGGAUCUCCUGAAGCUACGGUGGUUAUGUCAGGAAAUGGAGUGGGAAGUGAUGGAGAUGGGAGUGCUGGAGAGAUUGCACCGAAUGAUCUGGCAACGGUUGAUGACAGAGUGAGGUGGUGCGCGGUGAGGGACGAAGUGGAAGAAUGUCGGUCCUUUAUAAGUGUCAUUAACCAAUUAUUGGGAUACACAUGGAAAUGCAUCCAAAGAGAGAAAGUCCAAGAUUGCCUAGAGUCAAUCAAGAAAGGAGAAGCAGAUUUAGUGAACUUAGAAGCAGGUCUUGCUUAUAUUGCAUUCAUAAACUAUUCAAUGAAAGCCAUAGCCAAUGAGAUCUAUUGUGAUCAUUCCAAAAUCUAUGAAGCCGUCGCAGUUGUAAACAGAAGGGUGUGUGAGAACAAAGAAAAGAUCAGUUUAAUGGAUUUCAAAGGCCACAAAUCUUGCCAUGGCGGUUACUCCACAGCAGCAGGGUGGAACUACCCCAUCAACCACAUUAAAAAUUUAUUGAAUGAUCAAAAACUGAAUGACAAAAUUGCAACGAGUUUCUUCUCAAGACUUUGUGCACCAUCAGAGGUUGAAGAUUUUGAUACAUGUAAUGGAUGUGGCGAAGAGAAUGAAACCUGCAAUGAAAUAGGUUUGUACUCUGGUCACACAGGAGCUUUUAGGUGCCUAGUAGAGGAAUUGGGAGACAUUGCUUUUGUUAACGGUGAUACUGCUUUGUUCUAUUCUAUGGAGGGUCCUCAUAACCAAUCAUGGUCAAAUAGAGACUUCAUGUAUCUUUGUCCUCAAGGUGGUUGCAGAGAAAUCAACGGUUAUCCUAGAGAUUGUUCGUUCGGAACUGUUCCUGCAAAUGUGAUAAUGGCACAUAACUCAAUGCCUAACAAGAAGAGAAUGCAUGUUUUAGAAACAUUGACGAAUACUAGUUUGGUAGAUGAACUUUACGCCCCGAUAGAUAUCACAAAUUCAAUCCUUUAUUGCAGUACCCAAGGACUAGACAUGAUUAAAAAGGUCACAAGGUUAUAUCUGGGGAAAUCAGCUUCAAUCUCACAGAUCAUACAAAAAUUAAAUGACCCAGAAGCCAAAGUCACCUCACAUACAACAGAUAACGUUUCAGGUUAACUUUAAUUCAUCAUU